UUUCCAGGUUUCAGACAGGAAUAAUUUCUAGCCCUGCCUAGAAAUGCCAAGAAUUGCACCUGGGCCUUCUGCAUGCCAAGCAGUCUAUAGUGGAAUUUACUGCCACAGCAUGAGAAAGAUGGAAAGUUGGUCUGUUGAUCAAGUCUGCAGCUGGUUGCUUCAGAAAAACUUAGGGGACCUGGUUCCUAAAUUUCGUGUUCUUCUUUUAGAGGAAGAAGUGAGUGGAGCUGCUCUUUUGGCUCUUAAUGAGAGGAUGGUCCAGCAACUGGUCAAGAAAAUUGGGCACCAGGCAGUGUUAAUGGAUCUUAUUAAAAAAUGCAAGCAACAGACAGAAGGAUCUGCUUUUAUCUGUGAAAUGCCCUUCUCUGAGUCACCAGGAGAAUUCAGUGGAACUUCCGGCAUUCAGCUACAUGUGGAACAAGUAAAUUGUUUCUCUCCUAAUGAAAAUCCUGACGAUGGAGCCAUUGACCAAAGAGUCCUCAAACAAAAAAAAACAAUGAGGCAUGUUUUAGCAAGAUGCAAAGCGUUGGAAUGGACAAAUUCAUAUAUUCUGCCUGAGUUCCCUUAUGAUGUCAAAUGCAUAUUAGCAGAGGGAAAAUGUCCUGACCACAGUGUGAGAAUAAGGAUAAUUGAAUUCUUGCAAGCUGACAUGACAAAGUACCUUGAAGGAUCACUAUAUCCAACCACUCAGCAAUACAAUGAUGUUGUCAAUGCAUUGCUGCAGGCAUACCCUUUUCUUGAUGAGGAUGGGAGUGGAUUUUUUCUAUGGAAACGAGCUCUUAAAGACCGUUUCAAAUACGUGCGGAGACCGAUAGAUGAUGAUGAACAGGUAGUGAGAAAUAAAUGCAAGUUUGGACACAGGCGAGGGCAGACCAGAAAAUCUCCUGGAAGCAGAUGUGAGGAAGUCCAAGGAGGGCACACAAAAGUUGAAAAUAUUUACAAUGAAGCACUUGAUACUGAGAUAAAUGAACAUAUUAAUUGGUUUAAGGAAGAAUAUAUGAAAACUGAGAGAAAUUGGGCAGAAGUGGACAACAGGAUGACCAAGACUUUAGAAAUAAGAAGGAAGAUGAUCAAUAAUCAAAGGAAGCCUUUGAAAGAGAUUCUCAGACUAUUCCCAUUUUUAAGGUGUCCUUACCAGCUUUUCAAAGAGUUUCAUUUUCUAACACGCAAGGACAUCUACAAGAAAACAGCUGAAAUUUUGGAAGCAUAUUCAGAGAACAUACUGACAUCAUGCGUGGUGAAGAAUAGUCCAAUUAAUGUUGUUCUACAAAAGAACCUGAAGCAGCACAUGGAAGACGACAUUCGAACGUAUAUGAAGAUGACUGCCACAUGUUUACUUUUGCCAGAUGUUUUUGGAGAGGACUCUUAUUUGUUUGCUGCUGUGAAUGAGGAGGUGAAAGUGUCAACACCAGUGCUAGAAGUAAAAUAUCCAUUUAAUGUAAAUGUGUGCGAGUGUUCUCUGUAUGUGGAGAAGGAGAAAUUAGCUCAGCUGGAUGAUUGCACAAUGGCCUUGGCAGCUCUGCUGGCUUCCUACCAUGUCUUUGGCAUUCAAUACCCCAAAGGGCUGUACAAUACCCUUCGCUUCUUGGAGUCCCUCAUCUUUGAAGUAAAGUAUCCUCAGUUACUUUCAGCAAAAAACAAGAAAACUGGAAAAAUGUGAAUGUACCAGUACUGAAUAUUGCUCAAGAUGACUUUGGGGGAGAAUCCUCUUGUGCGAAAUUCCUGGUUUUAUCAUGCAUCAUUUUGAUUUAAGUGUACUUUUUAAUAGA